AUGACGGAAAGGGCCCAGUGGAGCUCCGGCAUCUUUUCUUCAUUUCUUGUCUUGGAACAAACGACGAGUUCUGCAGUAGUGAUCUUGAACUGUGAUGCACGGGAUGCCGAUGAUCGGGUGCCUGAUCUAUGCAGAGUAGAGGAUGAACAAGGUGUUCAUGGUGGAGGAGAUGGGGGUGACGCUGCCCUUGAUGAUAGGGAUGAUGGGUUCGUGGCGACGGCGGAGCAGGAGAAGUGGGUCAUGGAGUUGAUGGACUCGAAGGCGGUCGGGCCCUCAAUCGUCUUCUUUUCUUUCUCUCAUGAAGGGACGUUGGGAUCUAUCAUGGAGCGUGCAGAUCGAGUGCUUGCAUGCUUAGAAACAUCUACCAAAAAAUUUUUGUACACUUCAUUGCCCCAAUCACGAUACGUAACUUUGGUGGACAAAUGGGGGAAUGAAUACAAGACCACUUAUCUUCUCGAGAGGCAUGGCUUGAGUGCCGGGUGGAGUGAUUCUGAAAUUGCGGUUAAGAAAGCUCUUUGCUAUCCCAGGCCGUCAUUUUGCACGAACAUCAUUGUGAGGGCGUCGUUUGUAGAAUGUCGUCUGACUAAAGGGCCUCUGCAUAUACCGAUGUUGACAUCCAAAGGUAAAAUCAAGCGGUUUUACUUUCGACGAUUUGGAUCGUGA